AUGGGCUUCACCGACUUCGUCUCCGACGCUGGCCUUACCCUCCUGAACAACUGGGUCGAGUCUCGCAGCUACAUUGUCGGCUAUGCUCCUUCCCAGGCCGAUGUCGCCGUCUUCAAGGGCGUGAGCUCUGCUCCCGACGCUGCCAAGUUCCCCCACGCCGCCCGCUGGUACAAGCACAUCGCCUCCUUCGAGGCUGACUUCGCUACUCUGCCCGGCGACGCCUCGAAGCCCGUCACCGAGUACGGCCCUGAGGCCGCCGAGCUCGCCGUCAACCCCGCCAAGGCCCCCGCCGCCGAGGAGGAGGACGACGACGUUGACCUGUUCGGCUCUGAUGACGAGGAGGAGGACCCGGAGGCCGUGAGGGUCAGGGAGGAGCGCCUGGCCGAGUACAAGAAGAAGAAGGAGGGCAAGGCUAAGCCUGCCGCCAAGUCCAUCGUCACCAUGGACGUCAAGCCCUGGGAUGACGAGACCGACAUCGAGCAGAUGGCGGCGAACGUCAAGGCCAUCGAGAUGGACGGCCUUGUCUGGGGUGCCUCCCAGUUUGUCGCCGUCGGUUUCGGUAUCAAGAAGCUCCAGAUCAACCUGGUCGUCGAGGACGAGAAGGUCUCCACUGAUGAGCUCCAGCAGCUGAUCGAGGAGGACGAGGACCACGUCCAGUCCACCGAUAUUGUUGCCAUGCAGAAGUUGUAG